GAGAGAGAGAGAGAGAGCGAGAGAGGCUGGUUCCGCACUGAGCUCCGAGGCCCGGCCGGUGGCAGCUGAAGUGACCGAGGCAGAGCUCUCACAGAGCGGCCGCUGGAAGUGGAAGCUCCCGGGGAGAGGGACCGCCGCUGGAGCUCCUGUCCGCAGCUCACACUCUACACACGGACGCUGCAGCUCAUUCUCUUCACCAUUAAAGUGGAAGUGUGUCCUUCGAUAGAACCGUGACCCGUUUCGCCGUCCAGCGAUGGAUUCACCCACAGAUCUUUUCGGCGACUCCGCUUCCCAGUUACACGCCUUCACUCCCACUCUCAGCUCCACGGACCUCUCUGGAGUCCACCCCCAGCCCAGUGCAGGUCGCCCUCCUCCGGCCUUCAGACCUCCCGGCUUCCCCAUCAUCCACCACCACCAUCAGCCCGGGGGAGCAUCCAGGAGGAGUGGAGCACAGCUCAACGCAAGACACCCUGAAGGCCGAGAUUUGGAGGAAGGUGGAGGAGACAGGAACGCACAGGUGGAGCAGGGGAGUGAAGGAGGAGAGGAAGGGGUUCUGGAGGGAGAGGAGAGCUUGUCGGAGGUGAAGAAGAGGCACAGUGACGCCGUCCUCGCAGCAGAGUGGAGCCAGGACGUCUUGAAGGUGAAGAGGAUGAAACUGGAGAGUCGUCAGAGGGACGGAGAGGCCGACGGAGAGGCCGACGAGGGAGGCAGGAGACGUGCGGGAGGCCGGGAGGGGAGGAGACGAGAGAGGGAAGAGCUGAAAGAACAGCUGGAUGAGGCGAGAGAGAGACUGCAGCUCCUGCAGGAGAAAGUAUGGAGGGCUUUUGGGGAAAAGCACAUGGCAGAUGAGGAGACAAAAGGGAGGCGCAGUAAUGGAAACAGAGGAGCAGCGGAUGGAGAGGUGGUGAUGAUGGAGGAGGAGGAGGAGGACAUCACAGAAGGCAUGUACGACGAGGAGGACAUUGACGACGGAGAGACGGAAAAGGAGUCUUUCUCGCUUCUCUCCGUUUCCCCUUUUGAAAACUUCCACCCCCAGAAGCGGAGAGAGGAGAGGCCCAAGGAGAGCGAGAGGAGGAUGGAGAGAGGCAGGGGAGGACUGCACCUGGAGGGCCUGAUGGAGGGAGCGGGGUUGUGGUUGGACUGUGGAGGACUGGUGAGAGGAGACUGGGAUGGGGGGAUGGAGGAGGAGGGUGAGGAGGGCGGGCAGAAGUUCGCCCAGGCGCUGAAGCUGGAGCUGGGCAGCGCUGUGGCCCGAGUCAUCGACCGGGUCCUCCGCCUCUACACCGAGACCACCGACUUCCCUCCUUCCUCUCCGCCCGCCGCCAUCUCCUUCCUCCCGUCCGAUCUAGGCAACGACGGAGGGAGGGAGAGGGGCGUGUGGAUGGGACUGCUGACGAGAGGAAGAGGGGAGGAGAAGACCAGGGGCAAGGAGGAGAAGGUGGGAGGGCAGGACGGAGAAAGAGAGAAGCAGCUCCAGAAGAUGAGGAACGGGGGGGGCGUCGGGGGGCCGGUGCACCGGGCCGAGCCGUCGGACCUGACGAUGCCAUUGGCUGCCCAGCGUUCACCCGACAUGCGGAAGUCUCACCCGCUCCUGGGCCCGCCCCUCUCCUCCCACCUGAAUCCCUCUCACCCAAACCUCUCCCUCCAUCAUCACCCGUCACUACCUCGCCCUCCUCCCCUCUCUCACCCUCCCCUCUUGCCUCCAACGUCGCAGCCCAAGGACCCCUCCUCCCAUCCCACCUCAUCCUCCUCCUCGACCUCCUCCUCUUCCUUUCCCGCGCCUCACCCUCCUCCUCCUCCUCCUCCACCUCCUCCUCCCCCUCUCCCCCUCCCGCUGUUGCACUACUCCAUGCAGCAGCUCUUCUCCCGCGCCCUCCACCACUCGCAGCUCCCCCACAUGCCGCCGCCCCGGAAGGACUACCUGAACGCCGACCCCUUCCUGGAGUUCUCGUCCCACCCGGCGUCCCACCCCUCCUUCCCGCCGCUCUCCCUGCUCGGCCACCUGGACCCCGCCCUCGCCCGGCACGCCCACGGGGGCAGGGAGAGGGGGAUGAGAGGGGACGGGGGGAUGAGAGGAGGCGGAGGGAUGGACGGAGGGGAACUUUACAUGAGCGCUGGGGGAGUAUACACCCAGGAGGGUUUGUCUCCCUGUCAUCUGAAGAAGGCCAAGCUCAUGUUCUUCUACGCUCGUUAUCCCAGCUCCAACACCCUCAAGACGUACUUCCCUGAUGUGAAGUUCAACCGCUGUGUGACCUCCCAGAUGAUUAAAUGGUUCAGUAACUUCAGGGAGUUCUUCUACAUCCAGAUGGAGCGCUUCGCACGACAGGCUGUCCGCGACGCUCUCACCCGGGAUGGAGCACCUCGUCUGAGCAGAGAGACUCAGAUGCGAGUGGGCCGCGACACGGAGCUGUACCGCAUCCUCAACAUGCACUACAACAAAAGUAACAUCUACCAGGUCCCUGAGAGGUUCAUCGAAGUAGCGGAAGUUGCUCUGAGGGAGUUCUACUCAGCCAUUUGGACUGGAAGGGACAGCGACCCCUGCUGGAAGAAAGGGAUUUAUAAAAUCAUCUGUAAACUCGACAGUCCCGUGCCGGACGCCUUCAGACUGCCCGGCUGCCCUGUCGGCUGACCAGGGAACUGCAGGGAUCUGGCAACAAACACACUGAGAGAAGGGAUCAACACACAAUCAUCCUCAAACUGUACAAUUCCAGCCCGUGAGAAAAACCUUCGGCUCUACAGUUUGGUUCCUCAUUAUUCAUAACCCUGUAGAAAAAUAAAGCUCAUUUAGGUUUAUAAGAUGUUUUUUGCGUGACAGUGUACAGGGAGCAGCACACGUGGACCGAAGCAGACCCACACACUCGCGGCCCUGUGCUGCGGAUGAGAGUCUUGUGACUGCACUUAUCAAAGAAUGUGACCAUACCAUUGAACUGGUAGGAAUGGGCCGAGCGGGAAUUUUCCUCUCUUCCAAACCUUGUCCAGCCGCCAGUGGGAUUGUGAGAUCACAGAGCUGCGACUCAGGUCUGAUUACACGGACGAACAGGUUUUCAUUACACUAUCAUUAAAAACACACAUAUAUAUAUAGUUACAGUAGAAUGGUGUGUGUCACCACGAGAUGGCAGGUGUUUACAAAUCGGUGAGGUUCACAUCCAAGAGACAUGUGACACCAAAACACAUCAUUCCAAUCUUCAAAUUCAAUUAUUUUAUUAUUAACCAAGUGCACAUCAUUUAUAGUAAAAUAAGUAUUGUUUAAGUGCAAACUCGUGUUCUCGAACAUUACCAAGCUUUUGGCAGAAAGCUAGUGGGGCCUCAUCAGGGGGUUUCUUACCAGGGUGUCCUUGCAGUCUCCUGUACAUAAUCCAUCAUAGAAGCUAAGGGGCUGUGGACUAAUGUACUCAGCCAUUCUCAGAGGCCCCAGGCAUUUGCCCUCUUUCCCCUGUGCAGGUCGUUAAAUACAUUCCCUGCCAAUGUAUUGUAAAUCACUACAGUUCAUGUAAGACAUGAGGGAAGUUUUUAUGAAUCCUUUCACUCAUCAAACCGAGUCCAGAACCCUGAGUACCUGACAAGUUUAGUUUGGCGUGUAAUCACCUACAAACCAAACAAUCACACAUAUUUAAGUUGGACCCUCCCUUAGGAGUGUUCAUGGUUUUACACUACAUUGAUAAAACAACAGGAUGAUUUGCCAACUAUUUUUUAAACCCUGAAGCUACAGGUCAGUGGGUCCAUCAGUGGAUUUGUUUUGCUUGUGUAUCGGUCUCAGUUUAAUAUUACAUUAUUAUUAUGAAGCUUUGUAAAGCUUUUGUACAAUGUAAUCUAACUGUAAUUAAAAUUCUGUUCAGAGAGGGACAAUAUAUUGAACUCAAAAUGUUUAAGCUGAAUGUUUUGUUGUUUCCUUGUUGUACUCUUACAGUUGAAAUACUUAUGCUUUUGUAUAACUUGAACGUGAAGCUAAACGUGUUAGGCCAGUUGCACAAAUAGUGUUUAUCAAUAUUUGUUUCCAGAAGGUAUGGAGAACUCUUUCAGUCUAUUUACGGUUGGUUGACUGCUCCAUGAUAAAAGCCCAUAUGUAAACUCUUUGUGAUGUGUUUUCAGAUGCAUGUUUCCUAUAUUUCACUUUUGUAUUGUAACCCUGUACGUUUCUUUCAUUGCAGUUAUUGCUCUCUCUCUCUUUUAUAUUGUACAUACACGCUGUAUUCUCUAACGUAUAUAUCUGUGCCUCAAUCCAGCUGUGGUGAAUUUUGAUGUUAUAACUUAACAGUGAAUUAAAGUGAUAGCAGGCU